AUGCCAGCGACGAGGCUGGCGCUUAAACGAAAACAACGAGAAUUUGAUGAUGCCGAGUCGAAGGAAGUGGUCGUACGUGCUGACGCGAAGGGCAAGUACAAAGGACGGCCGGGACCUUUACACGACUUAGUAUUAGGGGAUGAGGGGCCGGUAGGGAGGGCGGAGGCGCUGGGAAAUUUGAAGAUGGAGGAUGUGAUUGACCGAUUGCAUGUGGCGAAAAGGGAGUGGGAGUCUUGCGAUAUGGGAGACGCCUCUAGCGAAGAGGAACGCGACGCGGAGGCAGAGGACGGCGAACAAGGACAACAAGAACCAGAGAAAAGCCAAGAUUUCUUCGACACAAAGGAAAGAGCGUCUGUGUCGGGCUGGCGCGAUCCAGUUCUGCGGGAUUUUGGGUUCGUUGCGAGCAUGCCAGCGCGGCAAAGACUGAAGAAGUCGCUCCGUGCGAAGGAUAAGGUAGAGUGGGGUGCAGGAGGAAGCCUUACACGGACACGGGAGCAACAGGGAAAGACCGGAAAUGCUGCAUUUCGAGAGAGUAGAAGGGAAGCUAAAGCUGGUGCUGGAGAUCUCGAUGCAGAGCUGAUUGAAAAGGGCGAUAGUGGGAAGCAAAAACGUUCGGCGGACGCACCAGAGGAGCUAGGUCCAGAAUCUGAGGAGGAAGAAGACUACAGUGCUCGUCCCCUUCAUGACCAUAUUUCCACCAUAUCUCUGGACUCGGACUCCGAACCAAGCGAUGGCGACAGCGAAGGAACAGACCUUCUCUGGUUUUAUCCAAUCGGCCACCGUAUCACGGAGCAAACGUAUCCCAGCGAGGCCGAUUUCGAUGUCGAUGGGGGUGCCAACUACGAGGAUGCCGACGACGAAUGGGACUCGGAAGAAGAGGAUGCUAAGGUGGUACAAAGGGAACCUCCAUCUGAGGAGGAAGUAUUGCACAGGUUCAAGGGAAGCCCGCUGAGGCUGGCCGUUUUCAAUGCGUCGCGGGAGAACUUGAUCAAGCGAAUCAUCAGAGAAGGUUGGUUUCGGCACGAGGAAUCAGUGGGCCUUCUGCGGUGA